AUGAACAGGAAGUCGAAGAGGAAGAUUUCUCAUGCACAGCUUACUAUUAUUUGUUUUUUGGUGCAAACUUUGAGCCAACAGUGUCACUGCUAUUACAAACACACACAGACAUGUACCGCUGCAUGUCGAGGAGUGUUUGUAGCACAGUGAGAGUGUGUCCUGCCUUCGCGUCUCCUGCCUUCACGUCUCCUUACACCCAGUCACCAUCAUGGACAAACGCAGGAGAGGAGAGACUUCACAGGGAGGCUAAGCAGGAUUGGCAGCGUUCAGUCCGCUGUAUGAGCUCUGCAGCCAGGAGGAGGAGAACUCUACGCAGUGCCUUCCCGGUGCUGGAGCAGCCCCUCCAGCCCAUCCACCGACAUGUGUAUGAAGCUAACCUCCGAAACAGCAACUCCUGCCAUAAGAAGUACAUGGAGUUGCGUGAAAAGGUAAUGAAAGGGGGAGGAGAAAAUGCCAUGACCAGACACACCCAGAGGAACAGGAAGGUGCUGGUCAGGGAUCGGCUGCGCCUCCUGCUGGAUGAUGAGGACUUCCUGGAGCUGUCAUCGUUCGCCGGUCUGGGUCUGCCAUAUGGGGACAUCCCUUCAGCCGGCUGCCUGACUGGCAUCGGCAGGAUCAAUGACCUGUGGUGUGUGUUUAUCGCCAACGAUGCCACAGUAAAAGGCGGCACAGCAUAUCCAAUCACAGUGAAGAAGCAGCUACGGGCACAGGAAGUAGCAAUUCAGAACCGCCUGCCUUGUGUUUACCUGGUCGACUCAGGAGGAGCUUUCCUACCACUGCAGUCAGAGAUCUUUCCUGAUAAGAACCAGGGAGGACGGACGUUCUAUAACGAAGCCAUCAUGUCUGCCAUGAAGAUCCCGCAGGUGGCGGUGGUGUGCGGGUCGUGCACGGCAGGUGGAGCUUACAUCCCCACUAUGGCAGAAGAGGCAGUGAUGGUGCACCGGAUAGGGACCAUAUUUCUGGGAGGACCACCACUUGUCAAGGCUGCCACAGGAGAAGAAGUCACACCAGAGGACCUGGGAGGAGCUAGGCUUCACGCUGAGGUGAGUGGCUGUGUGGACUAUUUUGCCUGGGAAGAGAAGGAGGCGUACGAUUACACCAGAAACAUUAUAUCCACCCUCAACUUCCAACUGCCCGAGGAGGAGAAUGAAGAGAAGACGAAGGAGAGGAAAUCGGAGGAGGAGCCGCUGUAUAGUUCAGACGAGCUUCUGGGGCUUGCUCCCAGGAGUUAUAACUACAGUCUGGAUGUUAAACUGGUAGUCAGUCGGCUGACAGACGGGAGCCGCUUCCACGAGUUUAAAGCUUGCUUUGGAACAACACUCAUUACUGGCUUUGCAAAGAUACACGGCCACUUGGUGGGAAUAGUAGCCAACAACGGAGAGCUGUCAACCCAGGCCGCACUGAAAGGCAGCCAUUUUGUCCAGUUGUGUGACCAGAGAGACAUCCCCCUCCUCUUCCUCCAGAACACAGCACCUGCAGCAGCUCUAACACUCUCCACAACGCAGGCAGAGAUAAACAGUAAUCGUCUGAAGGCUCAGGGUUCAAUGAUGUCAGCAGUAGCGUGUGCCUCCGUCCCCAAAAUCACUGUGGUGAUUGGUGGUUGCCAUGGUGCUGACAGCUACGCCAUGUGUGGGCGGGCCUUUGACCCCAAUUUCCUGUUCCUGUGGCCGAAUGCUAGAGUGGCGUUGACCGCUCCGGGUCACUCCGGCUCCCUGCUUCCCCCUGAGAGUGAGCAGGAGGAUGACCUGAACAGGAGGUUAAAGGAGGAAAGCUCAGCCUUUUACAGCUCCGGCAGGCUCUGGGAUGAUGGAGUUAUUUUGCCUCAGCACACCAGGAAGGUUCUCGGAGACUGCCUAGACAUCAUCAAACAGCAGCACUAUCAGCUUUCCACUGAGAAACUGCAAUCAACACUUCUACGUAUGUAGAAGCCUCCACCCUUCUCCUCCUCACGCCAUCUGGACAACAAAAACCUCUCCCGAUAUGUGCAAAGGAGUUGCACCAAAAUAAUGUGCAUGAAUUUCAUUUAAUUGAGCAUCCUAAUGAACCAAAUCAUUUUUAAACCUGAAUAAAUUCAUUUUUAAAGGAUUUCUUUUUGGCCAGUUGGGGGUAGCACAAGAAGCUGUGAACUCAAUAAUAAUGUCUGAUUAUCUCAAAAACAGUUUAUAGACUAUGAUUAACAUUAUUACUGCUGUACAUACAUUUGUGAUAAUUUAAUGUUUGUCUCAUUUUUGCACGACAGAGUUUUCUUGAAACAAAUGUAAUAAUACACUUGUAUUUGUCUGGUAAAAUAUUUGUGUAAAAGAAGAAAUAAAAUGUUAAUACCUUUUUAAAAUAUCA